AUGUUUCGCAACCCGUGGAUCUCUAGUUACCAUGUGAACCACGAGCAGCCAUGUGGCCAAGAGUUCGGACCUAAAGCUCGGAGGACCAAGAUCUGCAGCUCCGCCUCGUUGCCCACAGAAGCCUUCAGUUUCCAGAGCGACUUCCUGCCGGGCGACAACACCGGCUUGGUGAAGAGUGUUUCAGACACAGAUGCCAAACUCCUGGUUGUCCUUCCCAAGGUUUCGGAGCUGAAGAAACACUUUGAGAGAGCAGUCGCAAAGGAUUUGGGAAUGAACAGGAAGGAGAGGAUCGCCCGGCGCCUGGAGGGCAUGGAAAGUGACGCUCCCCCGGCGCUGGUGCCCGGUGGUCUGGUGGCCAACAGGAUGCUGGAGGAGGACCCUCCGCGGUACACCCGCGCCUCGGAUCCCUGUGAGCCUCGUGUGAUGGUGAGGCGCUACAGCCGAGAGGAGUUGGAGGCACCCCAGAGGAAGCUGUCAUCUCUAGACAGAUCCCCUCAGGUCAAAGGUGGCGUCGGCAGCGUGCGCCAGGAGCCCAUGUUGGUGUACGUCGACCCAGUGACGUUAGCCGCCUCAUCUACGCCCGCUCCUGGCUCCCCGAACGCGGCCGGCCUCAGUUCCAAGGCCGAACGCAUCGCCCGCUACAAAGCCGAGCGCCGCCGCCAGCUGUCGGAGCGCUACGGCAUCCUCCUGGACCAGGAGGCGGACGCCGAUUACACGCCGCGCUACCGGUCUCGGCGUGACGCGGACGGCUCCGACCGGCAGUCGGCUUCCGGGCGGCAGGGCGACAGACAGGAAGCCGAGGUACAAGGGCGGGAGCCCAGGGUGCCGUACCGCGCCGGAGUGGGCCGGGUUUACAUGAGGACUCACCCGGAUCCUUCCCCCGUUUCCACCUCCGGCCCCGCCCACUCGAACCAAGCCCCUCCCCCUACACCGGAAAGGCCCAGGCGAUUUUCGCAGCGGGAGAGAGCGAUGAACAUGGAGAACUACCGGCGCGGUGCGCCUCCGGAGCGCGCGAUCGCUUCUAGAUCCAGAACCCAGGAGCCGCAUCCACCUCCGUCCCAGCAGCAGCAGGACGCCGCCUAUCAGGAGCCAAGCCCCGCCUCCGCCAGGGAUUACAACAUCGCAGGGGUGCCCGGCUCCCCUCGCACCGCCCGCCGGGCCUCCCUGCCCUCCCCUCGCUACGGCAUCUCACCUGGGGAUCUGUUCAUAGAGCAGCAGGCCCAGAGCAUCCUCAACAGACAGGGAAUCCGGGUAAGAGAACGAUUGUCCGGGGAUGAAAUGGUCCAGAGGCCACCCGACUGGAGUCCAGACAAGCACCAGGGUAACAGACACCACACUCAGGGGAACUCUGCUCAGUACACCCCACACCGCUCAGAACCCACCGAGCAAAGGACUGGCGCAGGCCACCAUACUGCCCACCCUCUCUUCGUCCCGGAGUACCAACACACUGGCCCUGCUGUCGACUCUCAGCCCUAUCUGGCCUUCCCUGCCCCAGCGGCCUCUGAUAACCUUCCUGGACCUCCUGAGGUGCAACCGCGAAGGAGGGUGAGUGCCGACCAAAUCCAUGCCACCCACAAGGAGGCGAGAUUGGAGGCUCGGCAGGCCCUGCAGGAAGAGGCCCAUACAGAGGGCCUGCUGAAGAGCAGGAAAGCCGUGUUGCCCUCAGAGAUCCGCCGAAGGGAAAAGAGUGUGGACGACCCUCACAGGGGUCGUCACGAAGACACGGACUGGCAGAACUACAGCCCAGAACGGAGAAGGGUGAGUCAGGCCGAGGAAGACUGGGAUCGCGAGAGACCGAGGGAGAGGGGGAGGGAGAGAAAUGUCCAGAGGAUCAGAGAAAGAGGGAGAGAGCAUCUCUCUAGCCGUGACAGCCAAGAGGAGAGAGGGUUUAGAUCUAUGCAGCCUUCCCACACCGUUGUACUCCAGCAGCCCCGGCAGCAUCAAACCUCGGAGCCUGUAUACCACCAAGAGCCCCAAAUCCACCAUCAAGAGCCCCAGAUCCAGCAGCAAGAGCCCCCAACGCCACAACAGAAUGAACCCAGACAGAGACAACAGCAAGAACCCCCAAUGCCACAACAACAACAGCAAGAACCUCCAACGCAGCAUCAGUACGACCAGCCGCCAGAGCCUCAAAAACAACAGCUCCCUCAAAGACAGCAGGAGUUCGAGCUCCAAUGGCAAGAGUCUCCAAAUCAGCAGCAAGACUCCCGGAGAAAUCCACGAGAGCCCCAACUGGACUUUGAGCCCCAGAGGCAGCAGCAGCGUCCGGACCCAUCAGGGAACCAGAUGUUGGACUCGGCCGUCUAUCUCCAGAAGCGCUCCUCUUUGCCGCAGGCCAAAUCAAGAAGCACGGUGGGCGGAGGGCCCAAGCACAAGAUGAGAACCCGCGCCAUGUCGGACAUAGGCAUAAGCCAGCAUUCUACCGCGUACCGCAUGGAGAGGGCGGCGGCCUGCAGGGAGGCGUUGAGGGCCGCGCCUCCACCCGACGGGGAGACGGGCUCCCUGGACACCAGGGUGUCCGUGGCACAGCUGCGACACUCAUAUCUGGAGAAUGCCAACCGGAAACCAGAGUUUGAGACUACUAAAGUCGAUCUGCCGGCGACGGAGGUAGACGCGGCUAGCGGCGGCGACCGGGACCGGGGCGCUCCGCGGAGGCCUCGGCGCUACAUCGCCCCGGGAGACAGUCGCAUGUCGGAGAGGUUUAGGACGCAGCCCAUCACGUCUGCAGAGCGGCUGGAGUCAGAUAGGUCUCGUCUAAGCCCAUCACAGCUCCAGGAUCCUGAAGAAGAAGGGAAACUAGACGAUCGAGCCAAGAUGAGCGUGGCCGCCAAGAUGUCUCUCUUCAGGGAGCUGGAAAGGACAUCAGACGGAAACAUUCCCAAACCGCGCUCUCGAAACGCGGCUGUGGAACGGCGCCUGAGAAGAGUCCAGGAUCGGUCUCACACUCAACCCGUCACCGGCAAGGAGGUGGUCCACGCUUCAAGUGAACCUGCCGCGUCGUCACAGCCUCGGAGCGUCUACACUCAUGUCGCCGGUGUCUCCGGCUCCACCGCAGUCGGCACCAGAGUGACCAGCAUCAGCAUCCCGGUCUCCUCGCAGCCAGACUCAGCAGUCCAGGACCGGGAGAAGGAGACCCAGGAGCACCGGAGACCAGUUCAAGCCCCCGAUGCUGGGACGGAGGGAGACGGCCAGGAGUUCUUCUCCAAAGAGCCGGACCUGUCCACCCUCACCUUGGCCGAGAAGAUGGCGCUCUUCAACCGCCUCGCUCGGCCUACGGGCAAGACGGCCGAGAGGGCCCGAGGAGACACCCGGCAGCGCAGGGCCAGCGCCCGAUUUCAGACUCAACCCAUCACCCAGGGAGAGGUGCAGCAGGAAGCUGAGCUGCCGGUAACCUCCACCGCGUGCAACGACUUAAAGGCCAAUCGGGGAGAACAUCUGAAAAACGGCGGCGCACUCAAACUGGAGCCCCUGUCCGCCUCCCUGAUCCGCUCCGUGGCGGCCGUCACCUCCCAGGCCGCCGUCUCCACGGUGACCGUCACGCCCGGCGAUGACGCGGCCGGCGGCGGCGGUCUCCGUCCAGGGAAGUCCGCCGCCGCCGUGCCCUACGGCCCUGCCCGACAACAGGCUGCCGGCGCUCCCAGCGGCCACCAGGAGAGGGCGCUGAUGUAUUUCUCCAUCAGCCAGGGCGGAGGAGACCCGCUGCGCUCCUCCCCUCUCCUCAUCCCCCCCGAGAGCCGGCAGAGAGCGGGGGCUCCUGCGAGUCACAGGCGGCGGGGGGAGGAGGAGGAGAGCUGGAGAGAGCGUCAGGAGGUGGAGGAGGUUCGGGGGAGACGGCAGGGAGGAGCCAGAGGAGAGGUCCAAGACGGCAGCGUUAAGGGAAAGCUGCACUCCCCCGACCGGGACCAGCAUCCUCAGCCUCAGCUCUCUUCUCUGCGGAGGGGCGAGCCGGCGGAGCCUCUGCCCGACCGGAGAGACGGACGCUCCCAGGAGGGCGAGGAGAGAGCCGAGGGAGGAGGGAGAGGAGGGGGAGGGCACCCGGGGGAGGCGGCUCGCGGCUCCUCCACACAGCAGGAGCAGUGCAGCGGCAGCAGGAGCCAGCCAGGCAUCUCAGACCUGAAGGAGCAUCCCGCACCGCUGAGGCCGCUGACGGCUAGAGCGUCUUCCAGGACGGCGUCUCACGUGUCAAGCAGCCAGCAGCAAACCGGCCUCCAGAAUCUUCUCCCCAAGCCCUUCGCCCAGCAGCCUCCGGCCGACGUCCAGCCCCACAAGCCUUUCACUCAGUCCCCACAAACCCAGCCCAGACCUCAGGGGUUCGUCCAGCCUCUCCCGAAGCCCUACCUGCAGACGCCCCCCCUGCAGACGCCCAAACCCCAGGUGCCUCCACAGACACCCCCCAAACCCCAGUGCUUCCCCCAGGCGCUGGUCCAGCCCCAGCCCCCGGACCACGGCGACGACUUGGGCGGGCACAGUGACUAUUCCGGAGAGCCGCUGUCCCCGACGGAGUCUGGAGACCAACUGUCUGACGGCAUGUCCGCCAAACAGAUGUCCAUCAAGGAGAGAGUGGCGCUGCUGAAGAAGAGCGGCGAGGAGGACUGGAGGAACCGGAUCAACAAGAAACAGGAAGUGGUUCAGGUGGCGUCGGCCGAGCAGCAGACGCAGCCAUGGGAGUCGGAGCAGACCUGCGAGAAGGAGGAGGAAGUGGUGGUGGUUCAAGACUCCGCGGUGUCUGCGUCGGAGCAGCUGUGGGAGCCUGUCUUCUCUUCCACCUUCUCUCCUACUAUCUCCCUCGGCCAAAAGUGUCAGUACAUUGACCACCACAGCCAGAAGACGGGGGAGGAGAUCGAGGCCCAGAUGUCCAUCGAGGAGAGGAAACAGCUGAUUUCAAUCCGCGAGGAUGCCUGGAAGACAAAGGGCAGAGGGGCCGCCAACGACUCCACCCAGUACACCGUGGCCGCUCGUAUGGUCAAGAAAGGCCUGGCUGCCUCCUCCUCGGUUAUCAGUCCCAUCCUGUCGCCGGUCUCCACCAAACUCAAGAGCAGCAUGCCGGCUGUCAACAAACCUCAAGAGGAAAUUGAGGCCAGAUCAGACAUGGAAACGGACAAGAAACUAGACAAGUUGGAGAGCUUCUUGGGACGUCUGAAUAGCAAAGUGGCAGGUCUGCAGGAAACCACCAUCACGGUCACCGAGAAGGCGGUGAAGGAAGUGAUGAAGCUGGACGACGAGAUCUUCUCCAAGUUCUACCGGCGCGUCGCUGAAUUCCCGCGCAUGCCCACCAGGAUCGAGAUCAACGCAGAUUUCGACGCCAUCUUUGGCUCUCAGGGCCCCAAGCUGACUUCGGCCAUGAUGCAGCACAAGCGGUCGGUGCGUCCGUCCAGGAACGUCCAGGCGUCCAGGAACCCGUUGAAGAUGCUGGCGGCCAGAGAGGACAUCAGACACGAGUACACGGAGCAGAGGUUGAACGUGGCGCAGCUGGAGAGCAAGAGGAUGAAGGCCGAGAAGAGCGAGGUGAAUAAAUCCUCCGAGUACUCCGACACGGCUCUGGCAGGUCUGGCCAGCAAAGAGAACUUCAGCAGCGUGAAUCUGCGCAGCGUUAACAUCUCCGAGCAGAUGUCCAACAACAGCGCCGUGCCAUACAAGAACCUCAUGCUGAUGCAGGUCAAAGGUCGUCGUCACGUUCAGACCCGAUUGGUGGAGCCGAGAGCGUCGUCGCUGAACAGCGGCGACUGCUUCCUGUUGGUGACUCCGGAGCGCUGCGUCGUCUGGCUGGGAGAGUUCUCAAACGUCAUCGAGAAGGCCAAGGCAAUGGAUUUGGCCACCUUCAUCCACACGAAGAAGGACAUGGGCUGCAGGGCGAGCCAGGUGCAGACCAUCGAGGAAGGGGUCAACCCACAGGGUCCAGAUACCCAGCAGUUCUGGGCGAUCCUCGGCGGACAGGCUGCUCACCAACCGGCCGGACCACCUGAGGAGGACGAGCGGUUCGAGAACGCCAUCGUGGAAACCAACUGCAUCUUCAGACUGCUGGACGACAAACUGGUUCCCGACGACGACGAGUGGGGGAAGGUCCCUCGCAGCUCUCUGCUGGCGCCCAAGGAGGUGUUGGUGUUUGACUUCGGCAGUGAGGUGUAUGUGUGGCACGGUAAAGAGGUGACUCUGGCCCAGAGGAAAGUGGCCUUCCAGCUCGCCAAACACCUUUGGAACGGGACGUUUGACUACACCUGCUGUGACAUCAACCCACUGGAUCCUGGAGGCUGCAACAUGCUCAUACCCAGGAAGGGCCAGGGCCGUCCUGAUUGGGCGAUAUUCGGCAGGGUGACGGAGCACAACGAGACCAUCUUGUUCAAGGAGAAGUUCGUGGACUGGACCGAAGCCAAGUCGCCAACACCAAAGGAAGGCGGCGAGCUCGUACCUGAGCCGAAGGAGGCCCCGGUGCGAGAACGCCGGGCGUACGACGCCACCUUGAUGCUGCCCGUUCUCCGGUCGUCCACUUCCACCAUCCUGGACGGGUUGAACGUCGGCCGCGGCCACGGCCCGGUGCAGACCGAGGACCGCAUGAGGACUCAGGAGGUCGCCACGGCGUCGGUGGACGUCUGGCACAUCCUGGAGUUCGACUACAGCCGCCUGCCGCGCCAGAGCAUCGGCCAGUUCCACGAGGGCGACGCCUACGUGGUCAAGUGGAAGUACAUGUUCAACACCUCGGUCGGUCGCAGGCAGAACCCCGAGGCGAGGAGCAGCGGGCCGGGGAAGGAGAAGUGCUGCUACUUCUUCUGGCAGGGUCGCCACUCCACCGUCAGCGAGAAGGGAACUUCGGCGCUGAUGACGGUGGAGCUGGACGAGGAACGAGGGGCGCAGGUCCAGGUGCAGCAAGGAAAGGAGCCUCCGUGUUUCCUGCAGUGCUUCAACGGAGGGAUGAUCGUCCACGCCGGCAAGAGGGAAGAGGAGGAGGAGAACGCUCAGAGUGAGUGGCGUCUGUACUGCGUGCGGGGCGAGGUGCCGGUGGAGGGCCACCUGCUGGAGGUGGCGUGCCACUGCAGCAGCCUGCGCUCCAGAGCCUCCAUGAUCCUGCUCAACGUCAACAAGGCCAUCAUCUACCUGUGGCACGGCAGCAAGACGCAGGUGCACACUCGCGACGUGGGAAACACGGCCGCACUGAAGAUCAAAGAUCAGUGUCCUCUGGAGGCGGGUCUCCACAGCAGCAGUCAGGUGACCAUCCACGAGUGUGAUGAGGGAGCGGAGCCUCCGGGCUUCUGGGAGGCGCUGGGGAGGAAGGACCGGAAGGCCUACGACUGCAUGCUGCAAGAUCCGGGGAAAUUCAACUUCACCCCACGUCUUUUCCAGCUGAGCAGCACAUCUGGAGACUUCGUGGCGAGCGAGUCCUUCCACCCGUCCGGAGCUCCGGACCUGGUCAGCUCGCUGCCCUUCCUGCAGGAAGACCUGUACAACGCACCGCAACAACCCGCGCUGUUCCUGGUGGAUAACCUCCACGAGGUCUACCUGUGGCAGGGCUGGUGGCCUCAGGGCAGCGAGAGCACCGGCUCGGCUCGCAUCCGCUGGGAUUCGGACAGGAAGUGUGCGAUGGAGACGGUGCUGCAGUACUGUAAAGAGAAGAACGACAAGAAGCCUCAGAAGUCGUACCUGAUCCACGCCGGUCUGGAGCCGCUCACCUUCACCAACAUGUUUCCCAGCUGGGAGCACAGAGAGGACGUGGCCGAGAUCACCGAGAGGGAGGCCGAGGUGUGCCACCAGAUCAUCCUGGUGGAGGACGUGUUGGCCCGGCUCUGUCGGGACGCCUUCCCCCUGGCUCAGCUGCAGGCCCGGCCGCUCCCUGAGGGGGUGGACCCGCUGCGCCUGGAGGUCUACCUGUCCGACCAGGACUUUGAGAAAGCGUUGGAAAUGACGAGAGAGGAAUACGAAGGUUUACCGGCGUGGAAACAAGUCAACACGAAGAAGGCCAAAGGAUUGUUUUGAGGACGAAGAAAAC